AUGCUCACAAGGGAGACGGCCGUUAUGCUUGCCAAGUAUAACAACUGGGCCGACCAAGUACUUUUCGCAGCGAUUCAAAAACAGCUGCCGUCCGGGGCGGUCUAUCAGCCGCGCACAACUCUUUUCAAGUCCAUGAUGGGCACACUCAACCACAAUCAUCAGGUCGACCUGAUCUGGCGUGCACAUCUACUCGAAGAGGACCACGGCUUCUCGACCCGCCGUGAUCUGUUAUACCCGAAAUUUGAGGAGUUGGUCGAGAAGCAGUUUGAGGUCAACCAGUGGUACAUCGAUUGGGCGACCAGGCAAGACGAGGAAAGCUUCAGCAAGCGAUCCAAGUUCAAUUACGUCAACGGCACACCUGCAGAGAUGACUUUGGGAGGCAUGUUUCUUCAUGUUAUCAACCACAAGACCUAUCAUCGAGGUUGGGUUAGUGAGAUGUUCUUCGAGCACAACACGAAUCCGCCCGAGACCGAUCUCUGUGUUUACUUGUGCCAAUAA